AUGUCGAAGAAGCCAUGGGUCGACGGUCCCAUCCCUCUGAUGUCCCCUCCAAAGAAAACGGCCGAGUACCAUCCCGAGACCAUCAACGUCGCAACAUUGAUGACCCUAGCCCACAACAUCUUCAUCCGCAGCCUCAACGCCAUGUACCUCCAAUGCGCACAUAUCUACAAGCCGACCGAUAUCGCCAACUUCUUAGUCUUCUGUAAAGCAUUCUACAUAGCACUACAUCACCACCACUGGGGCGAAGAGCAAUUCUUCUUCCCGGCAAUAGAAAAGUACACGAAAGUCUCCGGAAUCAUGGAAGCGAAUGUCCGCGACCAUCAAGCAUUUGAUGCUGGGUUGGAGAAGUUUCGAGAGUAUGUAGAAACGGUGAAGCCGGAGGAGUAUGAUGCCGUGAAGUUCAAAGAGUUGCUAGAUGGGUUUGCGACAGUGCUGGAAAGCCAUCUGAGGGCGGAAAUUGGGACGUUGUUGGGACUGGAUAAGUAUGGUGGGGAGGAAUUAAAGACUGCUUCGGACGAGUUGGAGAAAGCUGUCAUGAAGGACAUGAAAAAUCAGGAUCUAGUCCUUCCCCUUGCACUAGGUGCGAACGAUACCACGUUCGAGGGAGGCUUACAUUCUUGGUGGCCUCCAUUUCCAUUUUUCGUACCGUAUUUGGUGAAAUACUGGUACAUGCGCAAGUACUGGGGCGCGUGGAGGUUUUGCCCUUGUGAUGUCUUUGGGAACCCGAGGGAGUUGGAAUUUUUGGAGGGGUAG